UCUCGUCCCAUUGCAAACAACGAAAAGAGAGUGAAUAAAAACCUAAUCCCUCACUCACUCUCGCUCUUCAGCUCAACAACUACCACACCACCAAAACGCACUGUUGCUCCCAUCGUUAUCCGUAACCGCAACCCAAUCCUCAUUUCAACGCUCCUUAAACCCUAAUUCGAUUCAAUCGUGAUUCAAUUUAGUUCAGUUGCAUGGCGUCAUCAACAUUCUCUGGAGCUCCCUCUGCCGGCUCGCUCGUCGCGCCACCGCAGAAGCUCUCCUCCUGCGCCUCCAUUUCAUCCCUUCCCUUCGCGGCCGGAAGAACGCGACUCAACGGCGUUGUUCUUGCCAGGAGGAACCGGUGCCCCAGGGUCUCUGCCAUGGCCAAGGAGUUGCAUUUCAACAAGGAUGGUUCAGCUAUCAAGAAGCUCCAGAGUGGCGUGAACAAGCUUGCGGAUUUGGUUGGGGUUACUCUUGGUCCUAAAGGAAGAAAUGUUGUUCUUGAGAGCAAGUAUGGCUCACCUAAGAUUGUUAAUGAUGGUGUAACUGUCGCCAAAGAGGUUGAGUUGGAAGACCCCGUUGAGAAUAUUGGAGCCAAAUUGGUGAGACAGGCAGCUGCCAAGACAAACGACUUGGCUGGUGAUGGAACCACUACAUCUGUUGUUCUUGCUCAGGGUCUCAUUGCUGAAGGAGUUAAGGUUGUUGCAGCUGGUGCUAACCCUGUGCUCAUCACCCGUGGGAUUGAAAAGACAACAAAAGCCCUUGUAUCUGAGCUUAAACAGAUGUCAAAGGAGGUUGAAGAUAGUGAGUUGGCAGAUGUGGCAGCAGUUAGUGCAGGAAACAAUUAUGAAGUCGGGAAUAUGAUAGCAGAUAACAACCUCUAUGUUGUUGAGGGGAUGCAAUUUGACCGUGGCUACAUUUCACCAUACUUUGUUACUGAUAGUGAGAAAAUGGCUGUUGAAUAUGAGAAUUGCAAGUUGCUGUUGGUUGAUAAAAAGAUAACAAAUGCAAGGGAUCUAAUUAACAUUCUGGAGGAUGCAAUUAGAAGUGGAUUCCCUAUUUUGAUUAUUGCAGAGGAUAUUGAACAAGAACCUCUAGCAACUCUUGUGGUGAACAAACUGAGAGGAUCACUGAAGAUUGCGGCACUGAAGGCCCCUGGAUUUGGAGAACGCAAGAGCCAGUACCUUGAUGAUAUUGCUAUCUUAACUGGAGGUACUGUAAUCAGGGAGGAAGUUGGCCUUACUCUAGACAAAGCUGGGAAAGAGGUUUUGGGGCAGGCCUCCAAGGUGGUGCUCACCAAGGAUACAACCACAAUUGUUGGUGAUGGUAGUACUCAAGAAGCAGUGACUAAGAGAGUUGCACAAAUUAAGAACCAAAUUGAGGCUGCAGAGCAAGAGUAUGAAAAGGAGAAGCUUAAUGAAAGAAUAGCAAAAUUGUCUGGUGGUGUUGCUGUUAUACAGGUUGGAGCACAAACUGAGACAGAGCUCAAAGAAAAGAAGUUGAGAGUUGAAGAUGCUCUUAAUGCUACAAAGGCAGCUGUUGAGGAAGGCAUUGUAGUUGGUGGUGGGUGCACUCUGUUGAGACUUGCUUCAAAGGUGGAUGCUAUCAAGGAUAGCCUUAAUAAUGAUGAAGAGAAAGUUGGAGCAGAUAUUGUUAAAAGAGCUCUCAGUUACCCUCUGAAAUUGAUUGCCAAGAAUGCUGGUGUAAAUGGCAGUGUUGUCAGUGAGAAGGUUCUUUCCAACGACAAUCAUAGAUAUGGAUAUAAUGCUGCCACUGGAAAAUAUGAAGAUUUAAUGGCUGCUGGAAUCAUUGAUCCAACAAAGGUGGUGAGGUGUUGCCUGGAGCAUGCAGCCUCUGUGGCAAAAACCUUCUUGAUGUCAGACUGUGUGGUUGUUGAGAUUAAGGAGCCUGAGCCUGUACCUGCUGCCAACCCCAUGGACAAUUCAGGAUACGGCUACUAAAGUAAAGAGCUGCUUCAGUGAGAACAAUAUUUUCGCCGCUGAGGAAACACUGUGGUAGUUGUUUUCAUUUGUAGCAACUAGUCCAAUGUAUGAUGAUUUCUUCAUUAUUGUAGCAUGAUGAGCUAGAUAGAGUGGCGCUUUUCUUUUUAAUUAUUUUUUCAAAUUAAUAAUAUAAAAAAUUUUGCCUAUCAA